GCGGUGGGGCGGCCUCGGUGCUCAGCGUCCGCGGGCUGCUGGGGGUUUGUCUGUCGCUUUCUUUUUUAUUGCUUUCCAUCAGCUGCGGAUUGCUUUUGAAAUAAAUGCUCACGUGCGCGUAUCUCUCCGGUUACAGUGCGAAGAAAGUGUGGGACAUGAAGUGCUUACAUGACAACUGCUUACACCGCGGAGAAAACAAACUCCUUCCUCUCUGCUGUCUCUUCAAAUCUCAGUGAAUGCAGCUGGUGUCGCUGUGUUGCCUAGCCCGUGUGCAGCUUGGGUGAGCCCAGGAUGCUUACCAGAACGCCGAGCAUUGUUGCCCAAGUGUUCCUUCUUCUAAGUGUAAUUCUUAUCAUUGCUAUUGCAGUGAUUCAGAUUAAUCAGCAAAAGAUUCUUUCCCCAGGCCUUAAGUAUGGAAUAGUCCUUGACGCUGGAUCUUCGCGGACUACAGUCUAUGUCUAUGAAUGGCCAGCAGAAAAAGAAAAUGAUACGGGAGUAGUGAGCCAAACCUUCAAGUGUGAUGUGAAAGGUCCUGGUAUAUCCAGUUAUGAGCAUAACACAGGAGCCCUUGCGAAACCGCUUGAUGAGUGCCUGAAUAAAGUCAAGGAGAGAAUCCCAGUUCAUCUACAUAGGAGCACCUCAAUUUAUCUAGGGGCUACAGCUGGCAUGAGGCUACUGAGGUUGCAAAAUGAAACAGCAGCCAACGAAGUCCUCGCAAGCGUUCAAAACUACUUCAGAGCACAACCUUUUCGAUUUAGGGGUGCGCAUAUCAUAACUGGGCCAGAGGAAGGGCUGUAUGGAUGGAUAACAGCCAACUAUUUAAUGGGCAAUUUCUUAGAGAGAAACCUUUGGAGGACAUGGGUCCAUCCGUACAGAAAAGAGACCAUGGGUGCACUGGAUCUUGGAGGAGCUUCCACUCAAAUUUCUUUUAUCCCAGAGGACUCUCAGGAGAACUUCAAUAACACCAUGCAAGUGAAGUUGUAUGGUUACAACUACAAUGUCUACACUCACAGCUUCCAGUGUUAUGGGAGAGAAGAAGCUGAGAAAAGGCUUUUAGCACUGUUGCUCCAGAAGUCAAGCACCAGUUCCAGUGUGGAUAAUCCAUGUUACCCUCGGAAUUACGAGGCUGCCUUAACACUGAAGUACUUCUGUGGCAGUCUUUGUACACAGUCUCUGAGACCAGCAAAUUAUUACCCAAACCAAUCCGUAAUCUUCCAUGGAACAGGAGACCCAGGUCUGUGUCAGGAGAUGGUUUCAUUACUGUUUAACUUCACUACUUGCAGAAACCAGGAGGACUGUCCAUUCAGUGGAAUCCAUCAACCAAAAGUUAAAGGGAAUUUUGUGGCUUUCUCAGGAUUCUACUAUACAAUUAAUGCUUUGAAUUUAUCUGGGCACUUUUCUCUAGCUGAAUUCAAUUCAAGUAUGUGGUUUUUCUGUUCACAAAGCUGGGCCCAGCUCCAGUUUAUGCUACCUAAAUCUGAAGAAAUAUACACUAGAUCCUACUGUUUUUCAGCCAAUUUUAUUUAUUACUUGCUUGUACAUGGCUACAACUUUGAUGCAGGGAAUUGGCCACAGAUACACUUUCAGAAGGAGGUUGGUAACAGCAGCAUAGCAUGGUCACUUGGUUACAUGUUGAGCCUCACCAACAUGAUUCCAGCAGAAGGCAAGCUGAUCCAGUUACCUCUGAAACCUUCUUUGUUUGCUGGGCUCCUCAUCUUCCUCACUGUUCUGGCACUGUUGUGUCUUUUCUUCCUUGUUUACCUAUGUAUUGUGUCACGUAAUCAGAAGGUCAUCAGUCAUGUGGAAUAUGUAUUUACUCCAGAAUGAAAAAACUUACCUGAAGACUGACCAAAAAAUUCAUAAUCCUAUAAAGUUAGGUAGAGCUUUAUAUUUGAAAAAUAUAGUUAAAGACAGGUGAAAAGUCCUGAAAAGACCAGAAGCAUAAAUAAAGGAGACAAGAGGCACUGAGGAGUCUAUGAUACGGUGAACUGGAGUGCUUCUGAAAUAUUUUGGCAGUUGUUUCUGUAAAAUGAGAGUAUCCAAUGUUAAGCAGAUGAAGCACAGGCAGGUGUGCUGCUUUGCUUGUUCAUGUUUUUAUAGUGUCUUUCUGUCAGAUACGUAUGAAUUUUUGUCCAUUAAUUCUGUGCCACCUGUUAAGUGAUGUAUUUGAUCAAUGGCAGCGGUUGUUCAUGAUAAAAUCUAAGAAUGAGUCAGUGGAAAUUGUGAGAGAAGGGAACAUAAUGGCUGUUCUUGUGAGUGCUGCUGACACAAAUCCCCCAAACAAUCCAGCUUCUGGAAGUGGAACAAGCACUGGGUAAUCACAUGAGCUGACAGGAACAGCACAGCUGGGAGCGAAUUGCUUUUAUUGCUAUUCCAAACAAUUGAUCCCCAUCAUGUUAGGGUGUAACACAUUGCCAACAUCUUUCAGGACUGUGAAGCCCAUCUUAAAGCUGAGCUAUACUUUUAGCACUACAAAGAUCUCAGAAAGCCUGUUAUGGCACAUUUAGAUUUGCUUUGAAGGCAAAAGUAAAAUCUUUUCAGUAAGGGAACCUAAUUUUCAAUGUAUCAUAAUUACCUCCAGAAGCCUAUAGAGUUUUCAGGGUCCUUUUUUUUUCUGUAAUAACUAUGGCAAACAUUUUUGGUAUUUUCUACUUCUGACCCAUAUUCCUAAUCUCAGAUACAGUAAGUACCAGUUUGUCAGGUACAUAUUAUUUCAACUGUCUUGGAUCUUCUGAAGCAUUAAUGUGAGUAGGCAAAAACUUCAGCCCUGCCUUCAAGGCUAAGGGGAUUAGGAGGCAAGCUGCAGGCCAGAACUGCCUUUAUGUAGUGGGUUUGAGACCAAAUAGCUGCAGUCACAACUGCUGCCUUCAGCUGCCUUUAUCAGCCUUUCUACUGUCCUGGCCUCAGCAUUCUUUCAGCAGCACUGGGAUAUAUGUAGCAGAUGCUUUUGUCAGUGACAUUAACUCCAAACCUUUACUGGGAACACAACUACCUUCAUGCUCUUAAGAGUUGCCUUCCUUUAAAGCUCAGGCAUUCUGCACCAAACCUCUAAUUCUUACCUACUUAAAUCUUGGAGUACAAAUGUACCUGAUGCUCAAGGUGUCCAUGGAAAUGCUUCCUUCCCCUGUCUGUCUUUUGUGCAGCUUUGUCCUUCCUUAGCUGGCUUUUGAACUAGCCCUUGGAAAAGACUUCUGCCAAGUCAUCUGCCUACUCCUGCCUUUGUACAGUGUCACUAUUCCUCUUCGUAUUGCCUUAACAUGAUCUGUGAAUGUAUGAGGGGGACAUAUCCUUAGGGCUUUGGAGUUGGCAGGAGGAGGGAAUUGCUGUGCUGUUCAGGACCUGCAGAAAGAGAAAAAGCAUCUCUGUUUCUCUUCCAACCUUCUGCCAUCUCUUUUUGCCCAGAUUCACUACCUGCAUGGAGCUCUGUUCACCCACCAUAUUCCCCCAGAUGUCCUACAAAUAGCUGCUGCCAACAUACUAAUAUAUUCCUCCCUUUUCAGCCUCUCAGGAUUGCUUCCUUCUGCAGGAAGUUUCCCUUGCUUGCAUCAUAGCUUCUCUGAAGGGAUGGUUAUUCAGUUCUUGCAUUGAAGUGUUCUGUAAGAGAAAGUGCAAACCAAAAGUGAGACUGCCAUAUUCAGCGUCUUCUGCUCACUGGCUAAAGCCCAUGAGCAGCUAACAAAGAAGUGAAAUUAUUAAAAAUUCACUUGGACUUACAGAUAUACUUGGAUAGAGCCAGUAUCUAUUCAAAGAAUCCCUCCAUGAAUCACAGUCCAUGCCCUCUUCUCCCUAUGUAUAUAAUGUCUUUACUGAAUCAGUAUGACAGCCAGUCGAUUAAGAACUCAGUCUUAUGUCUCCUGUCCGCUGGGAAAGCUGAAACUACUGAACUUCAGUCAGCACCACUGCAGCUUACAGCUUCCUCCCAGUCAGCAGCAUCAUCCCCAUGCAGUGUUAGAGGUAAAAGUACUGCUUGGACACAGGCAGCUUGGCUGUCCCUGGCUGUCGUUACUUCUGGGGGAGAGGUGGAGCGAUGGAGAUGUAACUCUGACUAAAUCCUCCCCCAGGUAUGAGUCAGAACCUGAUCAGCAGGUGUAACUUCCCCACAUCUACCACUGAACAGAUCUGGUGGGGAGCCAAUGAGGUGAACGGGAUUUGGGAACAUGUACAAACUACAGCUUAUUUAUUUGUUUGUACUCUUUACUGCUUGCUUACAAAAAUUAAUACAAAUAAAUUGUGAAAAGCUAAGCCAACUGUACUUUUUUUUCCCAUCUUUUGCAAAUAUCAGUAUUUUCACCUUGGCAGACAGGUUAUUCUUAUUAGAAGCAGAGGAAUACUGAAAUGCUUUUCUGCGUGAUAUAAAUUUGCAAGUUGUAAAACUCAUCUGUGAGUUUCUGGAGUGGACAGUGCUCACUGUCUCCAGAAUCUGUGUUCUCAAUGAGGAAACAACCAUGGCUUAAACCAAGCCACUCCCAGUUAUUAUUAUUUUUUAAUACACAUGCAUGUAAUCUGCAUAUAUAUACAAUACAUAUGAACAACUUCUACUUUUGAACACUUGAUAUUUCUUUUAGGGACACUGACACUUUUAGGGUUUGCUUCAGGUUCACUGCUGUAAUACAGAUCUGAAAGGCUGUGUGCCAAAGAGAGGAACUUCCCAGAUAUUGAGGUAGGUCAUGAUACAGAUUGUUUAGAAAGAGAUCUGUCAGGAGCAGGAGCGUGUAAUACAGAGCAAAAUCUCAGCUAUGGAGAAGCAGAAGAAACAAACAAGAGGUGAUGUGCCUGCAGGCAUCACUGAAGGGUGGGCAGAAGUAACAAACUUCUCAUAAAGCAGCAUGCAAAAGAAAGCAGUAACUUUUACAACACUGAUAAGUUCGGAGGACAGAAAAAGAAGUAAAUAAAAGCACA